GACAGCGCUCGCCGCCACGGGGGCACGCCCAGGCCUGCUGCAGGGGCGGAGCCGCGGGCUGGAGUGAGGCCGAGGCCCGCUCGGAACUUUUCCUGUAGAUGGGAACAGGGGAAGGAGCCCAGACGUGGCAACAUAUUCUCAGGCUCCUGCAGGACCACCAUGGCUUAUGAUGACUCCAAGAAGAAAGAAGAAUUCCUAGAGAGUGACCGAAGUGCUGAUGACAUCAGAGCACAUCGAGAGAAAAAGCGAUAUUACAAGGAUCUCGUGCAAGAGGAGGAGAGGAUAGCAGCUCAGGACAGUGAGCUCUUUUCGGGGACAGAACAUCACAAAAAGAAGAGGAAACAUUCCUCCGAUGAGUUCUGCUCCAGGGGUCUUUCAUCUUUGGAUCUACCAUCAAAGAAGAAGAAAAAAGCAGUUUCUAGCCCAUCCUCCACUGACAAAAACAUGGAUCUACUCAAGGCUAUUGCCACACCUUUGUCCACAAGCUCUAAGUCUUCAAAGAAGACCUCUGAAAAAUCGUCUUAUUCUUCCUCUGGACAUUCUGAAAGCAGAAAGGAGCACCACAAGAAGAAGAUGAGUGGGAGCAGUGCAGAGCACUCAGUGGACGAUGGCAGCUUCCACAAAACUAAAAAAAUGAAACCUCUUUACGUGAACACAGAGACACUUACUCUUCGUGAGCCUGAUGGCUUGAAGAUGAAACUUAUCCUUUCACCAAAAGAGAAAAGCAGUGUGGCAGAUGAUGAUUCUUUCUCAAAAAAAUCCUCAAAGAAAUCGUCUCGAGAUGAGCAAGGGUCAUUUCAUCUGGGUCAUGAACUGCAUAGCUUCCUGAAGUCAUCUCGGAAGAAGCACAAACCUCCAGACUCACAUCCCCCUUCUGAGACUUUUGGUACUGACACAUCUGUUUUUUCAGAAGGCCAUGGGAGUGAGUAUGAGAUUUCAGGUAUGGAGGCACAGCCAGAAUCGGGAUCCUCUUCUGGUGGGGAAUUGGAGGCUGGUGAGCUAGUGAUAGAUGACUCCUACCGGGAAAUCAAGAAGAAAAAGAAGUCAAAAAAAAGUAAGAAAAAGAAAGACAAGGAGAGGCACAGAGAGAAGAAGCACUCUAAGUCUAAAAAGAGUUCAGGGCACUCUUCUGUGGCAGUAACAGAAAUAACAUUAUCACCACCUCCUCCUCCCAGCGCUCCCUAUGUUCUUCCUCCACCUCAUCCUACUGUUUUUCACUCAGAUGGACAAAAUGAGAAGAGAAGGAAAAAGGAAGAAAAGGAGAAGGAAAGAAGUGAGAAAGAAAAACCAAAGAAGAAAAACAUGUCCGCCUAUCAAGUGUUCUGUAAGGAAUAUCGUACAAAUAUUGUGUCUGAGCACCCUGGGAUAGAUUUUGGAGACCUUAGUAAAAAGCUGGCAGAGGUGUGGAAGCAGCUACCUGACAAGGAUAAACUGAUCUGGAAACAAAAAGCUCAGUAUCUGCAACACAAGCAAAAUAAAGCAGAGGCCACCACUGUGAAGAGAAAGGCAUCAUCUUCAGAUGGAGCUCCAAAAAUAAAAGCUUCUCCACCAGGAGCCAUUUCCCCUCAUAAGAAAUCUCCCACCAGCACUGUGGUGUUGCCUUCUUCACCAGCCAAAGCCCCUGAGACAGAGCCUAUAGAUGUAGCUGCACACUUGCAGUUGCUGGGUGAAUCUCUGAGCCUUAUUGGACAUAGACUGCAGGAAACAGAGGGAAUGGUGGCUGUUUCAGGAAGUUUGUCAGUACUUCUGGAUUCUAUCCUCUGUGCUUUGGGGCCGUUAGCAUGUCUGACUACACAACUACCUGAGUUGAACGGCUGCCCUAAGCAUGUUUUGUCAAACACACUAGACAACAUCGCUUACAUCAUGCCUGGACUUUGAUGGGAAAGGAUCCUGGGAUUUACUCAACUUCUGUGUAACUGACCUGUGUACAUUUGUGUUACACUGGCACUCCCUCGGGGCUCCAUGUGUAGUAUUUUUAAAGUUUUAUAUAUGUAUAUUAUAUGCAUAGGAUAGUAUAUUAUGAAAAGUUGUGAAGCUGAGAGAACCAUAUUCUCUUGGUGGAUAAAAUGUGAUCUGAUAUGGAAGUAUUUGUAAAAAGAAUUCAGAAAGAUUUUGAGAUACUAGCCUUAAAUACAGAUCCUUUAAUGGGGGAAGCAGCCAGAGAAUGUACUUUUGGAUGUAAGGAAAAACAUGUAACCGUGAGAGCAGUCAUUGAAACAGGUAGACCAGGGAGGUUGUUGAAUCUUCAUCCUUGAAGAUGGAGCUUUCUCUAGCUGAACUUACUUCAGAAGCAGGGGGUUGGAUGGUUUGGUUAGACCCUUUAAGAGUAUUCUGUGAGCCGGCAGAGAUGGUAGAAUAUUUUGGAUCAAGGAAUAGAACUGAGCUCAUCACCAGCCCCAUUUCUGUUUUUGAGUUUAAAAUCUGCUUGAGGGGAAAGCUGGAUAGCUGAGCAAGUAUACAGAGAGCUUUGCCUCUUGAUCACUUCUGAGCCCCCUCUUUGGUCAGUAAAUAGCUGAAAGUUGUCAGUGUCAGCUCACCGGUCUGGUAGCUGCCAUUUGAAAUGAAGUUGAAGAUAACAAUUUAAUCUUUUCUUGUGGACUUGCACCAAAGUCAUCCCUAGUGUUGAUGUAUCAACAGACUUUCUUGGCUUCAGAGAAUGAACUUCCUGCUGAUUUUUCCAGGGUGUGGUCAGCCUGCUUUGAUGGAGAGCGAUAGCAAAUGGAAAAACAAUUGGAUCGCUUCUGCCCAUCUUACACUCAGUAUAUGAACAGACAAUCUUGAUUUCUGAGAUUUCUGAGACUGCUGACCCCCAUCUCUUUCACCAGCAGCGUUGAAAGAGCCAUGGUGCUGCUGUGGGACAGUGGCUGAUUGCCAGUUAGAAGCAGUUACAGCUGACCAAGGCACGUGUGUGUUGACAGGACUGGUCCCUCUUCUUUCCUGCCACAUGCUCAGUGUUUGACUUUCCGCCCCUCUAGAAGAGCUGUAGGAAAGCACCUGAUUUUCAUAUAGGCUUUUGUGUGUCUAUAUGUGUGUUUACGUGGUGUUCAUAUCAUAUGUAUUUAACUUUUACCGAUAUCUCUAACAGAUUUUAAUUUAUCCUGUACAUUACUGUGUACAUAUAUAUAUGUAUAUAUACAUAAUUUAAAAGCAGAAAUCCCUCCCUCCACAAGCAGUGGGAUCAGGUUCUCCUCACCGCACUUCCUGCAGGAAUCAGCUGUGUGUGCAGCACUACGCAUUGGCAGCAUGUGGGGAAAACGGUGAGCAUUUACAGAAAUGGACUGGCUUGUGAAGCUGAGUUUUCCUCCGGCACCUCCAGCCUCAUUGCCAGGUGCUCUGACUCUCACAUCUGUGUUCUUGACCUGAGCCUCAGACCCAGGCAGACGCAUUUUAAUGCAAAGGGACAGAGGGAUCCUCUUCAGCUUUGUCUUCUCUACAAUGGAAACCUCCUGGAGAGCGAUAAACUGCACCCAACCCCGCUGUAUUGUAUUUGUAUUUAAAAUUUGUACACUUUGUAUAAUCUGUAUCUUGUGGUAUUUGGUACUAGAGGGAAAACUUUGGCAAGACUUAGCAGUUUUUAUAUUUUUGUUAUUUCCUUGCCGUUUGAUCCAGACGCCCUUAUAACACCAACCUUUUUGUACUGUCCUUACAAUAUAAUUUCUUUUUUAA